UGUGUGUGAUUAUUCACAAACGAAAAUAGAAAACCCUAGACCCAGAUUGUUCGGUUCCUUCAACACCCAGGUUUUAUUUUCUUCCGCGACAGGAAUUUCAAUCGAAUCCGGACACAGCAGAAGGCACAAGGCGAGCAUCUGCGCGAUAUUUCUCCGAUCACUUGACCGGCAUCGAUGGCUGCAAAGAUUCUUGCAAACUUGAUUGUGAUGGGUUCUGGGAUAUUGGCUCGGGCUUUUGUUCAAGCUUAUCGUCAGGCACUUGCAAAUGCAUCAAAGACAGGUGUUGCGCAGGAAGCAAUGCAGAAUGCAGCCCGUAGGGCAGGCAAAGUCAUGACCGAGCAAGAGGCUAGGCAGGUUCUUGGCGUGACCGAACAGACAUCUUGGGAGGAAAUCUUGCAGAGAUACAACACUCUGUUUGAGAAUAACUCAAAAGCCGGGAGUUUUUACCUUCAGUCUAAAGUUCACAGAGCCAAAGAAUGCUUAGAAGCAGUGAACCGUAGCAGCAAAGCUGACGGUGUUUCCUAGUUGAUUGAAGGCUAUCAUCCCCUUUUACAAUACUCUAACCUCAAUAUUUUUGCAUAUACAUCUAAUAAUGGAGCAGUGAGUUACGAAUAUGUAAUGGUUGUAUUUCCUUUAGUUUCCAUCACAACUCGAAACUCUAUUCAGACAUCAAACGGACUUGUCAAUGUAAGAAUCUCCAAGAGUGACCAUGUUUGCCUGUAAAUUGCCUUCUUGGGUUGGGUUUUUGCCCCUUUAUAUAUAAACGCGUCUUGAUUGA